UCUUCUCUAGAUGAAACAACCUAAGCUCAUGCAGCCUUUUUUUGUAGGAGAGGUGUUUCAACCCUGUGAGCAUCCUUGUGGCCUCCUCUGGACCCACUCCAACAGCUCUGCAUCUGUCCUGUACUGGGAGCAUCAGAGCUGAACACAGUACUCCAGAUGGGGUCUCACAGGGGCAGAGUAGAGGGGGGGAAAUCACCUCCCUUACCCUGCUGGUCACCCCUCUUAAUGCAGACCAGGAUACAGUUGGCCUUAUGGGCUGAAAGUGCAUGUUGCCAGCGUGCGUUUAGUUUCUCUUCAACCAACAUCCUCCCUCCCCUCCACGAAUCCUUCUCCUCAGGGUCUCAAUACAUUCUCUGUCUGUGUGCCUGGGAUUGCCCUGACUCAAGUUCGGGACUUUGUACUUGACCUUGUUGAACUUGUUGAGAUUUGUAUGGUUUGUAUGGGAACCUUGUUGAGAUUUGUAUGGGUUCACCUGUCAAACCUGUGAAGGUCCCUCUGAAUGGCAUCCUCCAGUGUGUUGACUGCACCACGCAGCUUGGUAGCUGUGUAGUUUUUGUCUUAUCUGUUGGUGUGUAUCAUAGGUGUUCAUGUCGUGAAGUUGUGUGCAUCUUUAUUUGCUUUAAGAUGCAACUUGAGGCAUUAGGGAAUGUGUGAUUAAGGAUUAUCUUCACUGUAGAAUUAUUUACUUGAACUUUCAGUUUGAUUUAAUACAUACAGAACUUACUGAAAUGAGCCAGCAGCAUGUCUUAUAACUUAAUAUCUCAUUUGCUUAAUCUGCUGCAGAAGGGAGCAUGGCUGGCAGCGUAAGGGACAUUAUUUUGCUGCUUUUCUGUGGCCCUGGUUAUAUGCAUCACUGUGUUCUGUUUUGUGCAGCACAGUUCAAGAAGGCUGCUGAGGAACUUUAGAGGGUCUGGCAGAAGAGUGCCAGUGUAUUUAGGGGCGUAAGGUAUAUAUGAGGGACUGAGAGAAGGCCUUUAGCCUUGCUCAGAGGGAGACAGAAGCAGUUCAGGGGCAAUUAAGGGGGAAUUAAAGGAGUAUGCUCUUCUUAGUAGUAACAGACAAUAAAAGAAGGGGCAGCAGCCACAAGUUCUGUCUUGGGAGGUUUAAACUGGACAAUGCAAAGAAUUUCACAAGGAGGGUAGAAUAUACCUAGACUGGUGAGUGUAUAUGUGUGUGUACAUAUGUUGUGUAUAUAUGCGUGUAUAUAUAUAAUAGACUAGUACAGAUGACAGGCUGAUUUCCAUCAUUUGAAGUUUUACAUCCUUGACUCAACCAAUCCCCAGCUGACCUGAUUUGAUGUUGACAGCACUUCUGCUUUAAAGUGGUGGCUGGAAUAGAUGUACUGAAGAAGCUUCUUCCAGACACUGGCCAGAAGAAGACUGCAGACAAGAAAGAUGGGCGACGAAUGUCUUUUCAAAAGCCUAAAGGGACGAUUGAAUAUUCUGUGGAAUCAAGAGAUACUUUAAACAGUAUUGCCUUGAAAUUUGAUACAACACCCAAUGAACUGGUUCAAUUAAAUAAGCUUUUCUCCAGAGCAGUCGUUCCUGGACAGAUAUUGUAUGUUCCUGACCCAGACUACAUAUCUAGUGUGGACAGCUCCCCCUCUCUAAGUCCUAUAAGUCCCCUAUCACCUACAUCUUCAGAAGCAGAGUUUGACAAGGCUACAGUAAAUGAUCCAGAUGGAGUCCAGCGGAAAGAGUCAGUUGUUUCACCAGCGCAUCCCUGUGUUCGUACUACAAGAGUGGUAUCAUCUACCUCUGAAGAGGAGGAAGCGUUUACAGAGAAGUUCCUAAAAAUUAACUGCAAGUACAUCACCAGUGGGAAGGGUACAGUCAAUGGUGUGCUGCUAGUGACGCCAAAUAAUAUAAUGUUUGAUCCUCAUAAAAUGGAUCCUCUUGUCCAAGAGAACGGCUGUGAAGAGUAUGGCAUCAUGUGUCCCAUGGAAGAAGUGAUGUCAGCUGCUUUGUAUAAGGAAAUUAUGGACAGCAAAAUUAAGGAUUCAUUAAGCAUCGAUGUAGAACAGCUGUCUGUAAGGGAACUUUGCCAUUCCAAGAGAGCUGCAAAGAGCAAUACAGAAGAAAUGGAUUCCAGGAUUCGAGAUACAGGCAAUGACAGCGCUAGCACUGCUCCAAGGAGUACAGAGGAGUCUCUUUCAGAAGAUGUGUUCACAGAAUCAGAACUCUCUCCAAUACGUGAGGAACUUGUUUCCUCAGAUGAGCUUCGACAAGACAAAUCUUCGGGAGCAUCAUCAGAAUCUGUCCAAACAGUAAACCAAACUAGUGCAGAAUGUUUAACAACCAUUUUGGACUCAAAAGAAGCUGGCGGUGACUUAAAACCCAGUGUUGAAAUGGUUGUAAAUGUUAAACAGUUAGGUACCCACAGCAUAGGUUCAGAAGGCACAGAGAUGUCUGUUGGAGGACAAGAAUCUAGUGAAAGCAUGGAGAACAUCCUUCAGCAGUCUUUGCAAGGAUCACAUGUGAGUGAAGAACAUGACAAAGAAACAGAAAUGGGCAAAAGUCAGGACUCCACACUAGGGAAAGAGCCAGAAGUAGAGAGUAAGAUGAGAGAGGAAUGUCCACAUUGUGAAGAUACCACAGACUCUCAAAAGAUAGAGUCAACUGGGAAGGGAAACAUAGAGCAAGCUCAAGACUCUGAGACAGAAGUUGAGGAACUUCGCAAACUGUGGAAGACCCAUACUAUGCAACAAACCAAACAACAAAGAGAAAAUAUGCAGCAGGAUUCACAAAAAGAAAUUAGUCAGAAAACUGUGACUUCAGGAGACGGGCAAUCAGAAGGUUCUUCCCUUACAAAAGAAAAACGAAGACAUCGGUCUCACAAGUUCUUGUGUCUCAAGGUUGGAAAACCUAUGAGAAAAACAUUUGUCUCGCAAGCAAGUGCAUCAAUGCAACAAUAUGCUCAGAGGGAUAAAAAACAUGAGUACUGGUUUGCUGUUCCUCAAGAAAGGACAGAUCACUUGUAUGUCUUCUUUAUCCAGUGGAGUCCAGAGCUAUAUGCAGAAGAUACUGGGGAAUCUCUUCGAGAGCCUGGAUUUAUAGUGGUAAAAAAGAAGGAAGAGCCUGAAACUAGUGAGGAAUCUACUACUGAAGAUGCUGCUAAAGAGUGGGAGGUAGUAUCAGUGGCUGAGUAUCACCGCAGGAUCGAUGCUCUAAAUAGCGAAGAACUGCGCACACUCUGCAGACGUCUCCAGAUAACAACAAGAGAAGAUAUCAAUUCAAAACAGGCAACAAACAUCAAAACAGACCUGGAGCCUGAGGCAUUUCGGCCAAAUCUUAGCGAUCCUAGUGAAUUACUUCAGCCAGAGCAAAUAGAAAAGCUCACAAAGUCUCUUCCACCACGGACCAUUGGAUAUCCAUGGACUCUUGCCUACAGUACUGCAAAGCAUGGCAUGAGUUUGAAGACUCUGUAUCGAACUAUGCUGGGAUUAGAUACGCCUGUGUUGUUGGUUAUCAAGGACAGUGAUGGACAGAUUUUUGGUGCACUAGCUUCUGAACCAUUUAAAGUGAGCGAUGGAUUUUAUGGCACUGGGGAGACCUUUCUGUUCACUUUUUCUCCAGAUUUUGAGGUUUUCAAAUGGACAGGAGACAACAUGUUCUUCAUUAAAGGCGACAUGGAUUCCCUUGCUUUUGGUGGAGGAGGUGGGGAAUUUGCUCUUUGGCUCGAUGGGGAUCUCUACCAUGGAAGAAGUCAUUCAUGUAAAACAUUUGGGAAUCAUACGCUUUCUAAGAGAGAAGACUUCAUUAUUCAAGACAUAGAAAUUUGGGCUUUUGAAUGAGUUAUAAAUGAGAACUAUUUCAACAGGGUAUUGUCCCAAACUUGAAAUUAAUCAGUGCAGCUUGAAAUCCCUAUAAGCAAUAUAAUGCACCAGUUUACCUUUUUGGUUUUUUGUAAGUUUUCAGCAUGGCCAUUUAGUUAUUUUGCAGUAGUGGACUUCUUUCAUGCUUUCUUGUCUGUAAUACACUGUCCUACUUUUUCUAAGCUGUAGAAACUCAAAAUACAGACUGUGGACUAAAAUCAGUUACUUCAAUCCUUGCAGUCUAUAAAACUUUAUCAUCCUUCUUACAGUUGCCUCCCAGGUUUCCCACACACAUCUUUCUAUAACCCUGCUGGGGGCUGCUUCAUUGAAUAUAGGUUGUUAUUUUUGUAUUUAAAUUAUAUCUGUGAAUGAAGUUGCCCUCUAUGAUCCUACGUAAGUAGAAAGAUGUGUGUAGGUACUUGGAAGUAGUACUGCAGUGUUUGGUCUGGACCAACAAUGGAUAUAUUGUUAUGGUGCCACAGACGAGAAGCCUAGCAUUCCUUCUUGAACACGUACUAGUAUGCUUCUGGUUGAGUUAAAAGAUACCCAAAGUCAACAGUGCCACUUGUCUUGAUUUUUUUUUUUAAUGUUAAGAAAGUCAGUUAAACAAUGUGUUCUAGCUGCAUGAUGACUGUAUUAGUGUUUUGCAUAUGCUGUUAAUGAUCUGCAGGUUUGGGACAAUUACUGACAAUAUUGAGCUACAUGGCAAAGACUUAAGAAAAUAACAAGGGAAUGUAAGAAUGUAAUAGUUCCACAAAAUUAAAAAGCUAAGGCAAGUGAAACUCGGGACAAUUUGUAGCUAUAGUAGGGCAUUAAAAGUACAAAGAUUAUGAAACAAAUGCAUCUUUCAACAUAGUGUCAGAUAUAUACUGUUAAACUGUUGUAGCCGUGUAGCACAUCAACUCCAAGAAUAUAGCUUAUUCCUGUCCAAAGAAAAAAAAUAAUUGUGAUGUUUUUUGAGUGGGUUUAUGUUGUAAAUUUACAGUUAGCACCAGCUCUGAUUAAGAUGAGACAAUGUACUAUAGGUAGACAAUAUUGUAAUUCAGUAGACUUGUGGAAUAUGCAAACUUACUGUCAUGUGACCUCAAAAAAUGACAGACUAGUACACAGUCCCAGUAGCUCUUGUCCACUUUUGUAGGAAAAUUGAUAAGCCAUUGUGGCAAUAACAGCUCAAAAGAAUUGUUUCAAAGCUUUUAUUCUAUGUUCUGCAAAAAAGGCAAAAAAAAAAAAAAGAAAAAAAUUGCUGUUAAGUGUGACAGUGACUGACUUUUGUGCUGAAAUUUCAGCUAUUUCAGAUAAACAUUGUAUAUUAUCUUGUAAAUUAAUGUUUAAAGUAGUUUUGUUAUUAUAGAAAAGUGUUGAUUGACGGGUUGCUUAUAGCACUUUAAAUUAUUCUAGAAAUGGAAUAAAGGCCAAAUGAGUUGGCUUAAGUAGAUGUAGUUGUAUAUUUCAAAAUAUUUAGAUAUUUGGAAAGUUUUAAAAACUUAUUUGAAGACAGUUUACUGCUAUGGUAAUGAGAAAGGGCAGAUGGUUCAUCUUAUAAUAUGCUAAUGCUAUAUAUGAAUAGAAAUACAGGGCUUUAUUUCCUGUCUCUGUGUAUAGCUCUUUAUCCUUAUUAGAACUUAGUACAAUGUGUAGACUAAAUGUUUACAAAAUAAGGAAGUGUAAAUAAACUAAAAUGGCUUUUCUCCCUUUGGUCUUCCACAGCAGUAUUAUUGUCUUUGUGGAGUUAAGACUGAUUAUUGCAAAAAGAAAAUCCUGUAAUGGAUUUUAAAUAAGGUCACAGUGAUGUAUAGCAAAUAAAUCUAAAUAUAUGUAAAAAUAAACUUGAGUUGGGGUUUAUUUAGAAGUUGUAGUGCACUUAGAAGCACGAAUGCAGGUUAUUGUUGUUGCUUGCAUAACUUCACCAAAUACAUAGAAUUCAGUUGCUCGCUCUUAAGUACUGGUGAUCAUUUCUUAGUCUUUUGUGUGAUAAGUAUUUGGAAAAUGUCUAGUCAAAUACUGCGAGAGCGUGGAAGAAGGGGGAACAAAAAUACAAGCGCAGCUGGUUUUAUUAGAAUUAUGAGCCUGCUUGAAUGUCCUUUCUAGUAACAUCAAAAGAUAAAUGGCUAGUAGCAGUAUCAGACAGAAUCAUAGGGGUUAGAAGGAACCUCUGGAGUUCUUAGCUUUGCAGUUAGCUACGUAAUAUUGUCAACACAAUUUCAGUCUACACAUCUGUAAAGCCCUGUAAGGCAAUAUUGAUUCAUAAGGCAAUAUUGGUUGAGCCAGAUCCCCACUUUCCAUGCCUGCUUGCUCAUCUGCUGCAUGCAUAAGAUUUCAUAGAACACACCUGAAAUGUUUAGGAGAAAAAAAAGACUUUCAAGUUUGUCCCCUUUUGAUUUUUUUUUUUCAUUUUUGAAAGCCCAGUGGGAAGUGGUGAGAUAGAAAUAUGCUGUUGUGAGCCGUUUUCGAGAAUAAAUAAAAACUUUAAUUAUCUUUGCUGGCAAAACCCACUAAUUCAAGUGCUUAGUCUCUAUCCGAGUUCUGUAUUACAAAUAAACCUAAUGUUGAAUUUUAAAAAGUGCUGUGAAGAACACUUUAAAGGAUUAAACUCUGAAGAAUUAUAUAAAAACACAGCAAAUCAAGUUGCUAAAAUUUCUGUCUCUUGAACAAGUAUUGGAAAAAAGCUCAUAAUAAAAUCAAAAACAGUAUAGUAAGCAGUACAACAGUAAUUGUAUUUGCAUAAAUACUAAAUUAAAGGAGAAGGAAUUAGAGUUGAAGUAUAAAUGAGUAUAGUUACAUAUAUCUAGUAAUGAAUGACCAUGAAUUCUGUUAACAAAAGUGUAGUUACAAGUUAAUGUCUGUAGGAUACAUAUGAAAGAUUUCAUAACUAUCUUUGUGUACCUCCUUCUACUGCUUCAAUAGGAAUUUUUGCAGUGUAAUUCCUUUCCAUCUUUCCUGGCAAAAUUUUUCUUCUGUUAUUGUGAAGAAUGAGCUUUGACGUAUGUUGAAGGCCGUAUUUCCUGUGUUUUGAAAGAGCUUUGUGCUGGGGAACUGUCUCUGUGUCUCAGCAUAGUGUACCUGGAUUUAUUCAUUGGCAGGCUUGAUGUUUUACUGAAAUGCCUGGAAUACUUAUCAACAACUUGCCCAUACUAUUCUUUGAUCAGUGAUAACAUCUCACCCCAAAUGUUGUACUUCCUACUACUGCUGAUUUUAUUUUAGUAGCCUAACUUUUAAAAAAAAAAAAAAAAAGUGGUCUGUUAUACUGAGCUCUGGCUCUAGAGAAAUGUUUUAAAGAAGGAAUUACUG